AUGUCCAUCGAUACAGAUAUGCUCAUCAUCGGCGCCGGAAUGUCCGGCAUGGGACUGGCCAUCCAGAUGAUUCGCAAGUACACUCUCAGGACCUUCGAGAUCUACGAAAAGGCUGGAGAUGUUGGCGGCACCUGGCUGGUGAAUACGUAUCCCGGCUGUGGCUGUGAUGUUGCCAGUCAUUUCUACAGUUACUCCUUCGCCUUGAACCCAGAUUGGAGCCAGAAGUUCAGUCUAAGAUCCGAGAUCCAGGCCUACUUCCGCAACGUUGCUGAACAGUACAAUCUGAUACCACACAUCCGCUUCCACACUACUGUAGAGGCAGCUCGCUGGAAUGACGCAGAACAGCUGUGGGAAGUCACGGUAAAGGACCAAGGCACGAAAGAGACGUUCUUUCGGCGAGCUCGAAUAGUAGUGUCUGCCGUGGGUAGUCUUUCCAUCCCGAAGCCAUGCGAGAUCCCCGCCGCAGACACAUUCAAGGGACCACUCUUUCACUCAGCACAAUGGGACCACAGCUUCGAUUGGAAGGAGAAGGAGGUUGUAGUACUGGGAAAUGGCUGCAGCGCGACGCAGUUUGUGCCCGUCAUGUCUGAGACCACGAAGAAACUCACACAAUUCGCCCGUCAACCGCACUACUUGGCUGAGAGGCCUAACCCAAGGUAUGGCCCCGUCUUUAAGGCCAUCAUGAGAUAUGUGCCACUGGCAAUGCGCCUCUAUCGCUUGAAGCUAUAUGCCGACAUGGAGAAGGAUUUCGCUGGCUUCCAUGUCGAGUCUGGCUCGAAGAUACGCGAGAGCUUGAAGAAAGAGAACGAGAGCUACGUCAAGAAACUGGCCCCGGAAAAGUACUGGGACGCCCUCAUUCCCAAGCACGAAAUCGGCUGUAAGAGGAAGGUAAUGGAUACAGAUUACCUAUCCUGUCUGCAUCGCGAGAACGUGGAACUGAUUCACGACGAUCCUGCGGAGAGGAUCGUCGAAGACGGCGUACUAACAAAGAGCGGUCGAACAAUCAAGGCCGAUGCAAUCAUCCUUGCAACAGGCUUCGAGGUUUUCCGCAUGCUCUAUCCCAUGAAAAUCAUCGGUGAAGAUGGCCUCAGUCUCAACGAGUUUUGGGACUCCAAGCACGAUGGAGCAGCACAGGCUUAUCUCGGCACAUCUGUGCCUGGCUUCAAGAACUUCGCAACAAUGAUGGGCCCGAACACCGUGACUGGUCAUUUGAGCGUGAUCUACACUGUCGAAUGUCAGAUCAAUUAUGUCCUUAGACUGAUCGAGCCGAUCCUAAAGACCACAGGCUCCGGACCCUCCCUACUCUCCUCACCUACCAUCACCUCCGUGGAUGUGAAAGCACCUGCGGCGAUGCACGAUAGCCAAUGGAUACAGGAGAAGUUGAAGAAGCUCGUCUGGUCCUCGGGGUGUACCUCCUGGGCGCUCGAUCCGAAGACCGGCUUGAACAUUGCCAUGUACCCACAAUACCAAUUCGUUUUCUGGUUGCGGAGUGUGUUCAUUCCCAGCGAAGACUUCGACUAUGAGUAUAGAGAUGAACGUGGUCUGAACAAGAAGCAAAUUGCCAUCGGAGGUUGGAAAGUAUUGCGGCAAUCGAUCAGUACUCUGGCUGUGCUCGUACUGGUCGUUGGCGGCUUCGGUGGAGUGGGAAGAUCAGGCGGGAUUACAACAGCCAGAGACUUGCUCGUAAACGCGUUUCGGCGAGCCCUCGAGCAUGGUUGA